CAUCCGCCCGGGCCGCGGCACUUCCGGAAGUGACGUAGGAGUGUCAACAUGCAAAAUGGCGGCCCAUCACCGGCAGAACACGGCCGGGCGGAGGAAAGUGCAGGUUUCCUAUGUGAUUCGAGAUGAAGUAGAGAAGUACAAUCGGAACGGGGUCAAUGCCCUCCAGCUGGAUCCAGCUCUCAAUAGACUUUUCACCGCCGGGCGGGACUCGAUCAUAAGGAUAUGGAGUGUCAAUCAGCACAAGCAAGAUCCCUAUAUAGCUUCUAUGGAACACCAUACCGAUUGGGUAAAUGACAUUGUACUCUGUUGUAAUGGGAAAACAUUAAUAUCUGCUUCUUCUGACACAACUGUGAAAGUAUGGAAUGCACAUAAGGGAUUUUGCAUGUCAACAUUAAGGACACAUAAGGAUUAUGUAAAGGCCUUAGCAUAUGCCAAGGAUAAAGAGCUGGUCGCGUCUGCUGGGCUGGACAGACAGAUAUUCCUUUGGGAUGUGAAUACUCUCACAGCACUGACUGCCUCAAACAACACUGUCACAACUUCUUCUUUAAGUGGAAACAAAGAUUCCAUUUAUAGCCUGGCAAUGAAUCAACUGGGAACAAUUAUUGUAUCAGGAUCCACUGAGAAGGUUUUAAGGGUUUGGGAUCCAAGAACUUGUGCAAAACUAAUGAAGCUUAAAGGCCACACGGAUAAUGUGAAGGCCUUGCUGCUGAACAGAGACGGCACCCAGUGCCUUUCUGGCAGCUCUGACGGGACGAUUCGCCUGUGGUCCCUGGGCCAGCAACGAUGUAUUGCAACUUACAGAGUCCAUGAUGAAGGCGUCUGGGCUCUGCAGGUCAACGAUGCCUUCACGCACGUGUACUCCGGAGGAAGGGACAGGAAGAUCUACUGUACAGACCUAAGGAACCCUGACAUUCGGGUGCUCAUUUGUGAAGAAAAAGCGCCUGUUCUCAAGAUGGAACUUGAUAGAUCAGCUGACCCACCUCCUGCAAUCUGGGUUGCAACAACUAAGUCGACAGUAAAUAAAUGGACACUGAAAGGAAUUCAUAAUUUUAGAGCCUCUGGAGAUUAUGACAAUGACUGUACAAAUCCUAUAACACCCCUUUGUACCCAGCCUGACCAGGUUAUUAAAGGGGGUGCUAGUAUUAUUCAGUGCCACAUUCUUAAUGAUAAGAGACAUAUAUUAACCAAAGAUACCAACAAUAAUGUGGCAUUUUGGGAUGUAUUAAAGGCCUGUAAAGUUGAAGAUCUGGGCAAAGUGGAUUUUGAAGAUGAAAUUAAGAAAAGAUUUAAGAUGGUGUAUGUGCCAAAUUGGUUCUCAGUAGACUUAAAAACGGGGAUGUUGACUAUUACUUUGGACGAGAGUGAUUGCUUUGCUGCUUGGGUUUCUGCAAAAGAUGCUGGCUUCAGCAGCCCUGACGGCUCAGAUCCAAAAUUAAAUUUAGGAGGACUUUUGCUGCAAGCACUCUUAGAAUAUUGGCCCAGAACACAUGUGACUCCCAUGGAUGAAGAAGAAAAUGAAGUAAACCAUGUGAACGGGGAGCAGGAGAACCGAGUGCAGAAGGGAAAUGGAUACUUCCAAGUGCCCCCCCACACGCCGGUGAUCUUCGGUGAGGCUGGAGGCCGCACCCUGUUCAGGCUGCUCUGCCGAGAUUCUGGGGGCGAGACGGAGUCGAUGCUUCUUAAUGAGACGGUGCCACAAUGGGUAAUUGACAUCACUGUGGAUAAAAAUAUGCCCAAAUUCAACAAAAUUCCUUUCUACCUCCAACCUCAUGCAUCUUCAGGAGCAAAGACCUUAAAAAAAGAUAGACUCUCUGCCAGUGACAUGCUCCAGGUCCGGAAAGUAAUGGAACAUGUUUAUGAGAAAAUAAUCAACUUGGAUAAUGAGUCUCAAACCACUAGCUCUUCUAAUAACGAAAAACCAGGAGAACAGGAAAAAGAGGAGGAUAUUGCCUUGUUAGCGGAGGAGAAAAUUGAACUUCUGUGCCAGGACCAGGUUCUGGACCCUAAUAUGGACCUCCGAACAGUGAAACACUUCAUAUGGAAGAGCGGUGGGGACCUCACCCUCCAUUACCGUCAGAAAUCCACGUGAAGGGUGUGUUAGCGCUCCUGGGUAUUCACUGACUGACCUUCCUCGGGGCCCCCCCGAGAGUAGCCCGAGGAAGCCCACUGAGCCCCCACGGGAGCAAGACUUCUAACGGCCGGUUUGGUAUGGACCGAGAUUCUCUCCAUCCAAGUGACUAAUCGAGAUGUAAUAUAGAAUCCAGUCUCCAUGUGUAGAUUAAGCUGUCCCCAGGGAGGCCGCGCGCGCGUGUGCGUGAAGAGCCCCGAGCUGGUGUGGCCCCGUGAGCUGUGCAGAGACGCGACGACAGGCCAGUGCAGACUCUGCUCCCUCCUCCUGUGCCAGGGGCCCCGCGCUCUGUCUGUUAGCACUUGUUAGAGACUCCCCGUAGGGCCCUCUCUGUCACUGUGUCCCCCCACGCCCACACGCUCCAGCUUUUCUGAAGAGUACAUUCCAUUCGUGCGGGACCUAUGAAGGCUUUUUUUCCAAGUUUGUCAUUAAAAAAAAAAAAAUGUGUUUCCACCGUUUAAGGCAGUUAUUUUUUCAGGAAUUUGCUGUUGCACAAGAGCCAGCCCAUCUCACAAUAAAUGUUUAUUGCUGGGCUUGUUUCUAAGACUGGCCCUCAGCUGUGUUCUGUCAGGAAGAUCCGGUGAGAUGCCAGGUGCUGCUCCCAGAGCAUGCCCGGCUCCUGCCCGCGGUGCCCGGCCGGAGCGGCGGCCAUGGGGGGCUCAGUGGUGUCCGUUCUGCAGGCCACUGGCUUCAGGGUUUCCCCCCACGGGGAGUGGCAGCCUGACUCCACUGAGGCCUGAGGCCAGGAUGAAGUUCUGACUUCACUUAAACAGGACGGAACACUUGACAGGGUGUCCGUGAGCUGGCUGGAGAGGCCUACCCUGGGCGUAUACAUAUUUGUUUUCCCAGUUUUAUAUGCAGGGUUUUUGUUGUUGUAUUCAGAUUUCUUUUCACUGUUCUUUCUAACACUCUAAAGCUUUCAUAGAACCAUUUGGAUCUUGUACAGUAUAUAACUUAUUGGGGAUAAACACUUUAGCUUUGGGCAGGAAAAAACAAAAACAAAAAAAACUUUGGGUUCUCCCUAAGGUCAUUUGCAUUCUGAGCAGCUCAGUGGCCUGAGCUCUCAGAAGGAUGCCGACACCCUCCUGUGUGAGCCAGAGCACAAGUGCCUUCAGAGGGCAGUUGCUUCCGGUCCGAUUGCCUCCCUCCCCCGGCUUGUGUGUGACCUGUCCAGCAGGUCUGGGACGGGCAGGGGCCAGAUCUCACUGUUGGCUGCAGACGGGCCCCUCCCUGCUGCCAGCUGCCUUUGGAAAGGGACCGGCCACCUGUGGCACUGGGCAGGCGGCAGUGAAGACGCGCCACAUUUCCAGCGAGUCUCUCCCUUACGCAAAGAGCAGCUGGUUUCUUUUGUCGAAAAUCCUUUCUAUCUGUCAGAUACAGCAGUGCACGUCGGGUGCGCAUUUUUUUAGCAAUAGUCGUGAAUCAGUGGCAGCAGCAGCCCCCCACCCUUGUGGAGCAGCCAUGGGUGUGCUCGUAGGGGCCUCGAGCCCUCCGCCCCACUGCCGAGCUCCCUCCGUCCGAGGGUCUCAGCCGACCCAGCCCUCCCUCCACCCCCUGCCCAAGCAUGGUUGUACAUUUUUCUCCCCCCAGUCAAACCAGUAAUCACUUUGAGAGUUUGACCGUCUGCUAUGCCAAAAGAGUAAAAACCUGUUAUUUCACAGUUGUAUAGAAUAAAGGCUUUAGUUAAAAUA